AAAUGAAAGAACCGUAAAAACAUAGUAGGUGACGGACGCGUAGUUCCAAAUUUCCAAUUGCGGUUACCACUACCACUGCCACUAUCAGACGCCCCCAAGCCAGAACGAACAAAAUCCAAUCAAUCAAAGGACAACUGGUCCAAUCCAACCAUCCCAAAAAACGAAGCAACCAAUUGAUGCCGUGCUCUAAAUAAUUUUUAAUUAUAAUGGGAACGGCUUCGGAGUCGGACUCCGACUCCAACGCCAACGGGUGGGGCAGAGCUCGAGGACUGAUGGUCAAAACAGUGGUGCUUAUAGGCAGCGCUGUUCUCCUUAAACGUCUCACCAAAUCUGAAACUCGAUGGGAUCAUGCCCGUAAUGUUGCCGCCUCGCUCACUGGCGAAAAGUUUUCGACGGAACAGGCUUCCAGGGAUCCUGAUAAUUACUUCAAUAUCAGAAUGGUUACUUGCCCAGCUGCUGAGAUGGUUGAUGGUUCGAAGGUUUUAUAUUUUGAGCAAGCAUUUUGGAGGACUCCUCAAAAGCCCUUUCGACAGGUAAAUUCAUUUGCCCUUAGAGAAGUUGAGGAGUAUAAAAAUUUCUGUGAUCGGUCAAAGGAUCAGCGCCCACUGCCUGAGGAAGUUAUUGGUGACAUUGGAGAGCAUUUGACAACAAUUUAUCUCAGAUGCUGUGACCGAGGAAACCACUGCUUAUAUGAAGGUUCAUCUCCACCAGGUGGAUUCCCAAAUUCCUGGAAUGGGGCUACCCACUGCACUUCCGAACUAGCAGUGUUGAAGAAUAAUGAGAUACAUACCUGGGACAGAGGCUACGAUGAUGAUGGAAAUCAAGUGUGGGGAGUGAAAGAAAGUCCUUACGAGUUCAAACCUUCACCUAAUGCUAGUUUCAAUGAAAUGUUCUCUCUAAAUUUCCCUCCUCUGCUGUCCAUGGAGAAGAAAAUAGAAGGUUCAUUUGUCUUGCAAGAAUAAUAACUGGUUACUUGUAACAAUAGCAAUGUAAAUGUUUAAAGUCUUAAAAUAUAUUUCCCUGUUCCCAUUGUGAAUACAUCUUCAAUUAACUAUUGAUUUCUUUCAUUUGACAAUAGAUCUUGGAUAAAAAAAUGCUUCAUUCAUGAAUAAUACUGUAUUUUCC